AAUUCCUAAAAUUUGUCGUGAAAAGCUGCAAAAAAAGAACCCCAAAACAAUACCAGAGAGAAGAGAGAGAGAAACCCACAAUACACCACAAACCAACCCACCAACACUCCUCAGUCCAAACCCACAAAUCAAAAUCAUAGAUCUCUCACUCUUUGAUAACCCACUUCUUUGGAUUGAGGUUUUGCUAUGGAUUUUCUUUCAAAAUUGAGCUCAGAAUUAGCUUGUAAGUGCAGAAAAUGUCUGGGUUCUUCUCACUAGGUGGAAAAGAGCAAGAGCAAGAGCAAGACACUACCCACAACUUGUUUCUAUUCAAGAACGAAGAGAUCUACAGCAAGGGUUUUGAGAUAUGGCAACAGUACUAUCAUCAACAUCAACAAAAGCUCCAACAACAUCAACUGUUAGAUGUAGAUUUCUCAGUGGGUCCUAGUAGGAGAAUCAUCAGGGACAACAAUAACAACGUUGGUGAUGAUUCAUCGUACAGAUCGGGAUUUUUUAGGGUGAUGAGGCAAGGAGCUGGAACAGGAGGAGGGCCGGGUAUGAACUGCCAAGACUGUGGGAACCAAGCCAAGAAGGACUGUGCUCAUAUGAGAUGUAGGAGUUGCUGUAAGAGCCGAGGGUUUCAGUGCCAAACUCAUGUUAAGAGUACUUGGGUUCCUGCGGCCAAAAGGCGCGAGAAGCAACACCAACUCGCCGGUUUACACCACCAACCACCACCACCGCAACAGCAACAACAGUUGACUCUGGGAGGAGAGAAUCCCAAAAGGCAGAGAGAGAAUCCAGGGUUAGAAGUUGGUCACUUUCCGGCAGAAGUAAAUUCUGAGGCGGUGUUUCGCUGCUUAAGAGUGAGCAUGGAUGAUGCAGAUAACCAGUAUGCUUAUCAAACUGCUGUGAACAUUGGGGGCCAUGUUUUCCAAGGAAUUCUCUACCAUCAAGGUCCUGAUCAUAGUGGAUAUACACUAGGCCAGAGCUCCUCCGGUGGCGGUGGAGCUCAAGUUCAACAACCACUAAAUCUCAUCACAGCAGCCACUACCAGUACCAACCCCUCCGCCGCUGCCACCACCACAGCCAGCAACCAAGGUGUCAUGAUGCUUGACCCUUCUCUCUAUCCAACUCCAUUCAGUCCAUUCAUGGCGGGUACGCAAUUCUUCCCACCACCAAGACCUUAAAAUUAAGUACUCUCUUGAUCACUCUCUCUCAAGUCUCAACAUCUAUCUAAAUGAGUCUUUAAGACUGGGUACUCUUUUCUUCUUCUAAAAAAAAAUUAUUCAUUUGGCCGCCAUUAUAAACCCAUCGAUCCUUAUUGUUCAUGUUUUUCUAGCGUUUUUAACACCCAUUGAACUAGAAAUGGAGAGAGAAAGAGAAACAAGUGUAUGAAGGAAGAUAUUGAUCA